GUUAUACUCAGUCGGCUUUGUUCUGUUUCUGUUUCUUUUUAUUGUUUGUUGUUAGGAAACCGUACCAUUAAUGUUUUAAAUAAUGGACGAUAGAAAAACUUUAAUUAAUUUAGAUGAUGAGAGUGGUGAUGAUGAUGCGACCGUGGCCCAGAAAGAUAUGGGUCAGGGCUCAAAACCGAUACAAGAUUUCGGAGCCAUCCAAAGCGAAGAACCCACAACUAGUUCUUCAGGUAGAGAAGCUCAAGUAUUUUCGGGGAAUCACCACUUAUUAGGUGAUGAACCGCCUCUGCAAUUAGGCGACAAUGCAAUGCCUAUUCCUCCUGAGAUUCCAGUAAAUGGCAAUGCGGGCACUUCAAAUAGGAAUAUUAACAAUUCGGAACCCAUUUUCCAUCUAAGAUCUCGCACAGCGGCGUCUUCAACACCGAAUUACGAGAGCUUGGACUACGAGGUUUGCGAAAACACGCUCUUCCAAGAGGAACAGCGAAAAAGGCUAACAGAACGAUUCUCCCUGCGCAAGGACGUCAUAAGAUGGAUCAUAUUUAUACAGAUUGGCAUUAUCACGGCACUUAUCGCCUGCACCAUAGAUAUUAUAAUCGAGGAGCUGUCGGAUUUGAAAUACAGUUUCCUGUUCAAUGCUGUUCAAAGAAACGUCCCGCUGAGCGAUUCGAGCACAGGCGACCUUGUGAUACCCUACCUUUACUGGCUUCUAUUCAGCAUUGUGCCCGUGGCCUUCGGAGCAGCCAUGGUCACCUACAUUGAGCCCAUCACCGCUGGCAGUGGUAUUCCGCAGGUGAAGAGCUACCUGAAUGGCGUGAAAAUACCGCGAAUUGUACGGAUUAAGACGCUGGCUGUGAAGGCCAUCGGAGUGAUAACCUCAGUGGUGGGCGGAUUGGCCGGAGGAAAGGAGGGUCCUAUGAUUCAUGCCGGCGCCGUGGUGGCUGCCGGAAUCUCGCAGGGCAAGAGCACCACGUUUGUGAAGGAUUUCCGGGUGUUCAAAGCAUUCCGGGAUGAUCACGAGAAGCGUGAUUUCGUUUUGGGAGGCGGAGCAGCCGGAGUUUCAGCCGCUUUCGGUGCACCAAUCGGAGGAAUGCUGUUCUCCUUGGAGGAAGCGGCUAGUUUCUGGAAUCAGAAUCUCAUUUGGCGCACACUAGUGGCCUCCAUUAUCAGCGUGUUUACCCUGAACAUUGUCUUAUCAGCCUACCACGGCCUAAACGAUUUCACAUUCACGGGUCUCUUCAACCUGGGCAAGUUCGAUGCGCCGUUGAAGUUCGACUACUUCGAGCUGCCCAUCUUCAUGCUGCUGGGAGUAGCCGGAGGAUUGCUUGGAGCCGCCUGGAACUCACUGAAUACCAAAAUCAAUAAGUUUCGAAAGCGCUUCAUUCCCUGGAAGAUCGGGAAGGUUAUUGAAGCGGUAGUAGUGGCAAUGCUGGGCGUGACACUUGCCUGCCUAAUGAUCUACUUCAUCAACGACUGUCGUCCGUUGGGCAAUGAUCCAACCAACCAUCCUGUGCAGCUUUUCUGCGAGGACAACGAAUAUAAUGCAGUGGCUGCCCUGUGGUUUCAAACGCCUGAAGCUACAGUACGAUCUUUGUUCCACGAUCCUCCAGGCUCGCAUAAAAUCCUAACGCUGGCUCUGUUCACAGUCGUCUACUAUGUGUUAUCCUGUGCCACCUUCGGCCUCAAUGUAUCCUUGGGUGUGUUCAUCCCAACUGCUCUGGUGGGCGCUGCUUGGGGGCGUCUUCUGGCCAUGGUUACGUUCUACAUGUUCCCACAGGCGGAGUUUCUUCAUCCUGGUAAAUAUGCUCUGAUCGGAGCAGCCGCUAAUUUGGGUGGAGUGCUCCGGAUGACCAUCAGCUUGUCGGUUAUUCUAAUGGAAACAACUGGCGUGGAGAGCUCCUUCUUCUUUCCCCUCAUCAUUGCACUAAUCACCGCCAAAUGGGUGGGCGAUUACUUCAAUGAGGGCAUCUACGACACCCAAAUCCAAGUGAAUCAUGUUCCCCUGCUGACCUGGGAGCCCCUGCCGCAAUAUAAGGGCCUGACAGCUCACGAAAUACUGAGUAAUCCUGUGGUCUGCAUCAAGCUUCGCGAUAGCGCUCAUUACAUUUAUAAAAUGCUGAAAAAGUGCGAUCACAAUGGAUUUCCCGUGGUGGAUGAUGUGCAAGGAGAUCGUCGUUCGGAGGGCCGCGUUUGUGGCAUCAUCUUGCGUUCGCAGCUGAUUGUCAUUUUGCUGAAAUCUCUGUACGUGGAGAACAAGCGAUUCUGGUUGCCAGAAACCUCUAUUCAGACGUUUAGAGACGUCUAUCCGCGUUAUCCAUCAAUUAAGAGUGUUCGCCAGCUAGAUGAAAAAAUCAAUUACACGGUGGACUUGUCCAUGUUUAUGAAUCCAUCGCCGGUUCGAGUCAAUCCACAUGAUUCGGUUCCGAGAAUUUUUCAGAUUUUCCGCGCAUUGGGCUUGCGUCACUUGUUGGUUAUCAACAAUGAGAAUCGCAUUGCUGGCAUUAUAACGAGGAGGGACUUCAUCUAUAAGUAACUUGUUUGCAUUCAAUGCAAGUCUAUGAAUAUCUAUCGAAUGCCAAAAGUGUCUGUAAUAAGAGAUAAUAAAUAUUUUAUAUACCUUUGUAA